ACAACAACAACAGGACAGCCGGACAGUCUGUCAACCUUCAGGUGCUGCUGCUUGUGGAUCAACGUCGAGAAACAGAGCACUUCCGUGACGUCGCUCAUCAGUUGCACGUGAGGGUGGGAAAUUCCCUCCGGAGUCACCCUGUAAACAAACUGAAAACACGAGACUUACAUAAUAAUUGUAAUAUAUAUGAUUUGAAAAAACAAAUAAAGUUGACUGUAAAAUAUAAAUGAAUUGCAAAAAGCUCAUAAACAUAAGCUAAAACAAAGCCUUUAUAUGUAUGUAAUAAAUGCAUGUUGUUCAUGUCAGUGUCCAGUAGAUGGCAGUGUUUUAUAAGCUUAAAUUCAAAGCUGCAAAGAUUCACUCUGAUGUAGUUGCCUGUAGUUAAAGCAAAGUGCCAACUGGGUGUCACACAUGCACAUGAGUGUCAACCAUUAGUAUCUUUGAAAUUAUAUUUUAAAAGUAGCUUGUGUUUCAUAACUCAUUCACAUUAUUGAUAAAGGGUUACAGACUGACUGAGAGGAGGUGUUGACAGAGGAGGUGCAGAAUAAUAGAGGUGGUGCAGACUGACAGAAGAGGAAGAGCAGACUGUCAGAGGAGGUGCAUACAGAGGAGGAGCAUGCAUCGGUAACACAGGAGAAGGUUGGAGUGCAAUAUGUUUCUGCAAACUGAUCUGACCCCUUUAAGGACUCUGGGAUAGAGGAGAUGUGAGUCUGCAGGUGGUGUUAAUGGACCAAAUCACUGUGAUCGAAUUUGUUGUCGUUUUAAUUACUUUGUGAUUAGUGCUUUUGGAUCCAUGAAACCAUUACAUGUCUGGUUCCAUUUUUUAACUCUACUUCUGUAACUUGGCUGCUUGGAUGGACUGCCCUCCAGCAUGAAGUAGACACAUUACAUUUUCUUUCUCAAUUGAAGCAUCACCACCGGGUUUAGACCAGACCUGUAACCCUUCUGGAGGUCUUCAGAAUGUUUCCCAUGUCUCUCCUGCUCGCAGCGCUUGGCGUUUUUGCGCAUCUGGAAACUUUUACGCACGGCUGCCAGCUCCCCUCCGAGUGGCGGCCGCUGAGCGAGGGCUGCCGGGCUGAGCUGGCGGAGAUCAUCGUGUACGCCCGAGUCCUGGCGAUCCACCGGGAGCCCCUGGGCGGCGGGGCGGGCAGCCUGUACAACUCGCUGCCCUUCGGCUUUGGGGAUGGGUACGAGGGCGCGGAGGAAGGGCUGCUGUACUCCGCGGAGGUGGAGAUGCUGUGCGAUCAGGCCUGGGGCAGCAUGCUGGAGGUGCCCUCUGGAUCCAGGCUCAACCUUACCGGACUGGGAUAUUUGUCGUGCCAGUCCCACACCGUGAUGGAGAACAACUCCUAUUUUUUCUUCCUCAGGAUGGAUGAGAACUACAACAUCCUCCCCCAUGGUGUCAACUUCCAGGACGCCAUCUUCCCCGACACAUCCGACAACAGACGCAUGUUCUCCAGCCUCUUCCAGUUCUCCAACUGCACCCAGGGGAGCCAGCCUUUCCACACCUUCAGCCCUGAGUGGGAAAACCAGGAGGACAGCAGGCUGCUGUGCUCCUCAGUGCAGGCCGCACUCUUCGAGGAGGAGGAGCGAGGCCGCAAGAUGCAGGAGCGCCUGGAAGUGGCGGAGAGGAGGAACCGGCAGCUGAAGGAGCGCGUUCGGAAGGUGAAGCGCUCCCUGAGGAAAGCCCGCAAGGCGACACGCAAGGCCGAGCAGGAGGCAAAGGAGCUGAAGGAGAGGAUGAAGGAUGCGGAGUGGAGGGUGGGGCAUCACCUCAACUCCAUCACACCGGAGGAGCCUAGACCUGGGCGAUAUGCAAGCACGACGAUACGUAAGAGAAUGAAACUUUAGUUUUAACCUGACUCUUACUGCCUGCCACCUGGACUGAAACAUGGCCGUAGAGGACCAGAGACUGCUGGGCGGUCUCUGUGUGAGAGACAAAGAAAUAGAAACUGUCACAAAGAAAGUAAUAAUGUACGUAGAUUUUUUGUAAAGAAACGUUUUCUUAUCUCUAUUGGUUCCCUUGUUGCUAUUAUACAAAAGCGAUGUUCAUUCCUGGCUAUCACAUGUUUCCCUGGAAGAGAAUAAUUAGUUUUUUCCGUGAUUACUCUUGCAGGUGGAGCAUUACUGAUGCUCUGCUGGAUUGUACAAUUGGACACACUAGCCGCUCUGUGCUUGCUCAGGCCGUGAUCACAAACACAAAACAAAGCUGAGCAGCCUGGUCUCCGAAAAUGUUUGUUCUCAUACCACUAAACCCUGUUGUCAUUCUCGUCGGUUGAAACACAUUCUGUCUAAGAUUACAUUUGUUUAAUGUAUCACAAAUAUGUUUUUAAUUAAAGCCCAAAUGUUGUACCUAACUUCUGUAACCUGAGUAAGGUAACAAACGUGACUAUACUCCCUCAGAAUAUACAUUUCCCUUGAUACAUAAUUGGGAAUGCAGUUUAGUUGUUUAUAUUUUUUAGGAGACAGUGUUGAGCUUUGAUAGUUACAGCAGGAGAUUUUUGCAUAACUAAAUAAAAAAUCCUUAAGAUUUGGAAGUCUGGAUUUGGAAAUACUUAAUAGCAUAAAAUGUUACACAUUGAUGCAGCUUUUUGAAACAUAUGUAAGACAAUUUGCAACAACUAAACACCUGGUGAACCAAUGUUAAGCAACAUUACUUUUGAAUGAUUAAUCAACUUUCCCUGACCUACUGUGAGCAGAAAUGUAUGAAACUAGGAACAUUCAUUUAUUAUUAUUAGUUUUUUUCAAGUUUGAAACAUGAGCUUGUAUAUGGAUAUUUUUGUAUGUAUGUUUUUUGGAUAAAUAUUGAACUUGGA